AUGACACUUGGCUCCCGCAGCACGCUCCAACCUCAUCGAUCCCCCGUAAUUCCCCUUCGGCAGCGCUACCGUUCCGCCCUCGACUGCUGCCGUGCCAGUUUUGCGACACAGCCCUUCGCACAUCGCUGUCGUCUCCUCGUCCCCGCCAAGCCCUCCAUCGCCCUCGACGGCGCUGCGCUCAAACACAGCAUAUGGAAUUGUGCCCUGGAGAAGCGUGUCAACCGGCGUAGAAGAACGCUUGGACCCCCUGUGCGAGCUCCUAUUCCACAGCUACGGCCGCUCCCGAUCCGACAAAGGACCACUCGCACCGUCUGCCAUCCCGACCUUUCUGGAACCAAAUUUGUACGGUUCGCGCAGGCGCUAGAAGAAAUCCCAAAGACUAGGAACCUUCCAAGAAGCGCGCGCCCGCCGAUUCAAAGCUUCUGCGGCGACGUCGGCCACACAUAUCGCAUGCUCCUCCGCACCUUCUCCGCCUUACCACGUUCGCUGCCCACCGCAAACCGGGACCCUGCAUCCAUAGAGCUUUCACAUUUUUCGACACGCUCCUCAGGAGAAGCUCUGCAUCCAGCGUCCGCGGACCAUCUCACCACGGCGCCUGCUCUCCACACUUGA